CUUCGAUAACAUCUCAGUAUCACAGUGAACGAUACAACGGAAACAGCGCACACGAAAGAGAUUUGCAUCUCUUUCACAAAUAUUAAUCACAAAUAAAUUCAGACGUGCAUUUUAAAAAACAUUUUGCAAAAUGUUCACUUGUCACGAAAUAUAUUACGCCAUUUUAUUUGUUGUCGUGGGUAGUAUACUCGCUGCUAAUUGUCCAAACAAUGAGACAUGCAAAUGCACAUCAAAUGAACUAGUCGAAAUAAAUUGUAAAAUGAACGAUUCUUCUAUUAAAAUUCAAAUUAGUCCAGGUCAAUUUAUGAGGGUUUAUUGCUCUAACUUAAAGUGGUCAGACUUACAUAUGUACAAUUUCACAAAAUACGUAACAAACCAGAUGUAUUUUUUCACAUGUGAUUUACCAGAAAACAACAGUAUAAAAACAAUUACAGACAUGCUAGGAGCUACUGAUGUGGAGCAUUUAUAUUUCCAUUCGCAAAAAUAUUUGUCCUUUAAGAAACUGCAUUUGAAGGACUUCAAGAAUUUACAUUUAUUGGAUUUGUCAAAUAACUAUAUAGUUAUGAUGGACAAUUAUCUGCUGGAAGAUCUAUCUAAUCUAGUAAAACUAGUUUUGUGCAACAGUAAUUUGCAAACAACCUCUCUACUUUUUCAUUCUUCCCCUCAAUUGCAAGAGAUUAACUUAGAAGAGAAUAAGUUAAUAUCGAUAAAACCAGGCGCAUUCGACAAAUUUCGUGAUCUAACAUCGCUAAUUUUAGACAAAAAUAACUUAACUGAGCUUGAAUCGGGAAUCUUGGACAAAGUCAUCAAUCUUAAGUCUUUGUAUCUUACCUCGAAUAACUUGGUCAGCUUGCCAGAAGACAUAUUUGGGGAGCUAAAAUAUCUCACAGUACUUAGUUUAGAUGAAAACAAUUUUACAUCUUUACCAAGAUACCUGCUACAAAACAACACAAAUCUAAUGACUUUUUACUUAUCCUUCAACAAAAAAAAAUUGGACACUUUACCAGAUGGAUUUUUUCGUAACUUAACACAAUUGGCGGUAUUGGAUCUGGAAAAAGAUGGACUUAUCUUUUUGCCGGAAGAUCUUUUGUGGGGAUGUUUUUCGCUGAAGUUUCUUACACUAAAUGGAAAUGACCUUGGUUUUUUACCUAAACUCAUAUUCCGGGAUUUGAAACAGCUGAGAGAAUUGAAAUUACACUCCAAUGCACUUGAAGAACUACAUAAUUAUAUAUUUUCGGAUCUCAGAAAAUUAAGAAAAUUAGAUUUAUCAAAAAAUCGUAUUCGUUCCAUUACCAAUCAGCUUUUCCAAAGUUUAAUCGAGUUGGAAGAAUUGAAUAUGGCAGAUAAUUUCUUAACAGUUAUUUCCGAUAAAAGUUUUAGUUUUUUAUACAAUUUAAAGAUUGCUAAUUUUUCAAACAACUCUCUUACGUUACUCCCCAUUACAUAUACUUAUUAUAAUAGAUUCGGAAUACAUUCACCUUUUGCUUUUUGUUACAUAUUAGAGAUAUUAAGGCAUAAUUCUAUUUUUCAAAUACUUGACAAUUGGACUUUGAAUCUUUUCCUUCAAAAACUGGAUCGGAAAAAUAAUUCUAUAUCUAAUCUAUCUAUCAACAAUUUACAGUUUGCAUCGGAAAAUGUCAAAGUGGAUUUGACUUAUAAUAAAAUACGAUACAUCACAUCAAAAAAUGUCGAAAAUUUUGUCAAUAAUGAUUGGUUCAAUAAUAUAGUGAUAUUGAUUGGACAUAAUCCUUCGCAUUGCGAUCGCAACUUGUAUGACUAUCUGCGCUAUAUCGAAGACAAAAUGCAUCCUAACGUCAAAAGAUAUAUUAAUAUAGAUCCAGAAAAUUUAAAUUGUUCCACUCCAUUCGCAUUAGAAGACGUGCGUGUUAUAAAUUUGCUACAUGAGUCAUGUAAAACAAUAAAUACAAAGAUUGUGAUGUGUCCCGAUGAGUGCAACUGCUUUCUGAAGCAGGAAGAAAAAACGUUCAUGGUUGAUUGCUUUCGCAAAAAUUUGACUAUUGUGCCAAGCUUCAUGAAAAAGUCGUCCGAUUCCUGGCAAGUCGAACUCAAUCUCUCCAAUAACCAAUUAACACAAAUGCCAAAUUUGACAAACUUGAGUUAUGGAGUAGUGAGCAAACUUAUCUUAUCUCACAAUAACAUUUCCGAGAUUUCCUUGGAUGGAUUGUCGAAAACAUUAGAGACCUUGGAGCUGCAUAACAAUAAUAUAUCAACAAUAUCUUUCGAUGUGUUAAAUUUCUUGAGAAACGCUACGAAUUUAACCCUAUUAACGUUACGUGGAAAUCCAUGGAUAUGCAAUACUACAGAUUUCUUAGAUUUCAUUAUCACGAGAUCCAAAAUUAUAGCCGAUCUGCAUGAUGUGACGUGUUAUAGCAAAAAUAAACUCAUAUUAAACAUGACGGAGACCGAUCUUUGUGCGGAUUAUGUGGAGAAUAAUAAAGAACGAUCGAAUACGGCGCACAUUUACUGGUUUAUAUUUAUUUUUACGGGAUUAAGCAUCAGCAUAUCUGUACUAUUCUAUUACAAGUAUGAAUAUCAACUUAAAAAUAAUUAUUUACACAUGGGUCCAUAAUAGAUGCAGAUGGAAAAGAUGAAUCAGACAAGAAGAAAUUAUAUAACGCGUUUAUAAGUUACUUAUAGGAUGAUCACGAUUUCGUGAUGAACGAGCUCGUGCGCGAGCUAGAAAACGGCUCGACACCUUUAAAACAUUGCUUUCCUUAUAAAGACUGGUUAGAAGGCGAGUCGACAACGACGAACAUUGCUAAGUCUGUGAUUUAUCUCAAAUAGAUAAACAGUAAUGGUGCUGUCGCCAAGCUUCUUGGAGAACAUUUGGGGAGUAACAGAAUUUCGAGCUGCGCUUUAUCAAGCGUUGGACCAGGAUUAAUUGAACGUGACAUUAAUUCUAUAUGGUUAUAUAGAUCCCUCUGACGAGCACUUAGAUUCAGAAUUGAAAACGUACAUAAAUUCAAAAAUUUUUAUCAUCGAUGGAGAUUUUUGGUUUUGGAAUAAAUUGAGACAAUCGUUGCAGCAUAAUUUUAAACUCACAAUCAGCUUAAACCACAGCAAACCUGUAUCGGUAUAUUAUAAAGCUCAUCAAAUUUUUCAUGAAAUUUUCUUUGGUUAAAUAACGAGAUAAGGAUGAGAUAUUAAAUUAUUUUUACGUCAACUGCGAAUGUGACAAAUAAACUGGAUUUUUUAUAGAAGUAAAAGCGCUGUACAGAAAAAAAUGUGUCUUAUUU